AUGCUCGUCCUGGCUGUUAAUAGACCGCAAGCAGCUGAACAGAUAGGCGAGCAUCAAGAUCCUAAAGACGCAGCAUGGCUGACUCAAUCUGACUCCCACCUGUCGUCAAUCUUCAUGCCCUUCAUCGUCUUCUCCUCUGUCCUCUCCAUUGUCGUCUUCAUCAUCCACCUCAGCCUCCUGCUCAAACUGUUCGGUGUAUGGAUUGUACUGCAGUGA